AUGGACCCAUUCUCGGCGGAAGGCGAACUCGUUAACAUACACAAUGCCUUCCACCAAGGUCAAUAUCAAACCGUGAUUGACUUCGAUACCUCAGCCUUGUCCUCAGAGAACCACCUUCCAGCCCGCGUCCUGCAGCUACGUUCCAAAAUCGCUCUCAGCCAGACGGACCAGGUGCUAGCCGACGUCCACGGUGAAGAUGAGACCCCUGAGCUGGCGGCGGUGAAGGCCCUAGCACAGCAUACGGCCGGAGAUAGCGACUCGGCAUUGAAAACUACCCAGGAGCUGGCGGAGAAUUAUCCCGACAAUGGUAGUGUGCAGGUUCUGUGUGGGACGUUGCUGCAGGCACAGGGAAAGAGUGACGAGGCCUUGGCUCUGUUGACGAAGCACCAGGGGAAUCUGGAGGCAGUUGCCCUGAUCGUUCAGAUCCACCUACAACAAAACAGGUCGGAUCUCGCUUUGAAGGAAGUCCAGGCCGCCAAGCGUUGGGCUCAAGAUUCUCUUUUGGUUAAUCUGGCGGAGUCGUGGGUUGGAAUGAGAAUUGGCGGCGAAAAAUACCAAUCUGCCUUCUAUGUUUACGAAGAACUGGCUUCUGCCCCCAGUUCAUCUUCGCCCCUUUCGAUCGUCGGACAGGCAAUUGCCGAAAUACAUCUGGGACGACUCCCUGAGGCGGAGGCGGCGCUGUCGGCUGCCCUGGAGAAGUACCCCGACGAGGCGGAGUUGAUUGCCAACGCGGUGGUGCUGAAUGUAUUGGCUGGAAAGCCUACAGAGGAGUUGGAGUCACAAUUGCAGCAGACCCAGCCCUCCCAUGCGCUCCUGGCCGAUGUUCAGGAGAAGAGCGCAUUGUUCGAUACGGCUGCAGCGAAAUAUUCAGCUCGGGUGGCUUCUUAA